AUGACACUUUCAAGUUCAUUUAGACUAAGUCUUAACAAAAUCACCGUUGCUCAACCAUUAAAAUCUAAAAUUUAUAAUCUAUUGGGUAAUUUACAAUUUAAUUUAGUUGUUUUAGAAGAAACUAAUUAUAUCAACUUCCAACUGGUUAACAAUAAUUAUUCAAACAAUGAAUUUUUAGAACCAAUUGAAGAUUUUGUUAAAUUAAUUACAAAACCUGAAUAUGUUAGUCUUACUUAUAAUACUUUUUAUAUGGAUCAUUUUAAUAGGAAAAUUAUUUUUAAACCAAGAAUUUUACCAGGUUAUAGUUAUGAAUUUGAUUUUUUAGAUUCAAAUAUGGAAAUACUGAAAAGAGAAUUAUCAAAUUCAAUGAAUUCUCUUGGUGGGUUUUUAAAAUUAAAAAUGAUUGGACUGGAUCCAAUUGAUUAUGAUUAUAAUUAUGAAAAUGGUAAUUAUCAUAGUGCUAUUGAUUAUUCAAGUGAUAUUGAUACAUAUUGA